GAUGGCUAACACCUUAUUAUGGGAUGCCUUCCAAGAACCUUUACGCAAAGCCGGAUCACCAUCGGUGAGCCAUAAAGAAUUCCGAGAGCAAGAGGUUUCAAAGAAAACUCAAAAUGAGUACCAGAAACCUAUACCUGGUGCAGCGGACGCUGCUUACGAAAGUAUUUCUUCAGAUUCUGGAGAAAAGAAAGAGACACAAGACCAAAGGUCUAAAUUCUCGAGUCAACCCGACACCUCUGGGGUAAAAGAGGAAGAGAUCAACCUACGGCCACAGACAAGUCGAGAAAAGGUUGAUACUAACAAAAACAUUGGUUCUCCUACUUCUUUUCAGGUUUACAAUUCACUGAUGGAGGACUUGAUUACGAAAAGAAAUAUUAAGCCAGAAAAGUUUAUUGUUGACGAUACUG